CCAACAAGGAAGAACUGGCUUUCUAAGGAGUCGACAGACAGGCAGGCGAAAGGCGUUGUAAACAACUGAGAUAUAUAUAAAAAAAAUACAGAUUACAUUACACAAUACCUUCGUGUUCCUAGUCUAAUUUCGUCUUGAUUCAUAAGAAACAAACUAUUGGAAAAGGUUUCGUCCUCCGACGUGCUGUCACUGUGAGCUAAAUUGAAGCUUUGUAAGGUUAGCCAUAGCUAGUUAGCGUAGCCACCUCUCCAACAGUCAAGAAAGCCAGUACUGGAAUAGUAGUAGCCGUGACACCUCAAACCUUUCCAAGAUGAUCGCACUUAUUAACAAGCUCCUUGACUGGUUCAAAGCCUUGUUUUGGAAGGAGGAGAUGGAGUUGACAUUGGUUGGACUCCAGUAUUCGGGCAAGACGACAUUCGUAAACGUGAUUGCGUCGGGUCAGUUCAGCGAAGACAUGAUUCCUACCGUGGGAUUCAACAUGAGGAAGAUUACCAAGGGUAACGUAACCAUCAAGCUGUGGGACAUCGGAGGUCAACCCCGCUUCAGAAGUAUGUGGGAGCGGUACUGCAGAGGGGUCAGUGCCAUUGUGUACAUGGUAGAUGCAGCAGACCCAGAGAAGAUAGAGGCGUCGAAGAACGAGCUCCACAACCUGCUGGACAAGCCUCAGCUGCAGGGCAUACCUGUGCUGGUUCUGGGGAACAAGAGGGACUUGCAUGGGGCUCUGGAUGAGAAGGAGCUGAUAGAGAAAAUGAACCUGUCAGCCAUCCAGGAUAGAGAGAUCUGUUGCUACUCUAUCUCCUGCAAGGAGAAGGACAACAUUGACAUCACACUACAGUGGUUGAUCCAGCACUCCAGAACCAAGAGGAGCUCUUGAGAACAUGGCCGUCUAUGACACAGUCCUGAGAACACCAACACCCCCAUCCCUCUACCCUCCACAGCUUGUCCAUAACCCCUAUCCCCCCCUCCCCUGUCUUUUUUUCUAAUGUUUCCUCUUUUUUUUUGGAUGCCCUUUGCCCCUUCGCUAGAGCCCCAAGGCCCCCCCCCCCCUCCCGCUGAGGCAACGCAAAGACCUUUUACUUGCACUGUUCAUUUUCGUUUUUGUAAAAUAAUCUUCUUGUGACACGCAUUUGUCUUCAGGUGGUUAAGCUGCCCUGUAAAAAAAAAAAAAAGAAAAAAAAAAAAGAAAGAAAAUCAAAAUCCUUCAUAUUUCAGCAGAUGCAGGGACCGGGAAGAGUCGAGGCUGAGUUUUAUAUCAACCCCUAGACUCUGACCCCGACCUCUUACCACCCCCUCACCAGAGGCUGUGCAGCUUCUUCUGGCAUGUUGCUAGUAAUUCAAACGCCCUAAGAUUUACCAGAACUAGGUGGGAGGAGGCUAGGUGGUAAGAGUUAGGAGCCAGGUCAGUAGUAGUAAGGGGGUAAAGCGGAUGACUGGGUGGAGGGGGGGGGGCUAGGGGUUUUGGAUCCAGUGAGCCUUCAGUCAGUCACUGAGUCAUGUGGAUAUGUUGUUACAGUGGGGUGAGAGGAGCAGUUCUAGAAUGUCUUCUGUCAUUGAUCUCUAGGGAUGAUGAGCCGGUCUACAGAGAAACAUCCAUGCUCCGUCCCCCUACCUGAAAUGCAGCUCGCAGGCCAUGUUUGUACCCUUUCAUCCUCCCAUCCUAGAAGGGAUCACUGAUCUCGCAUGAUGGGAUGGUUCAUACUAGCUUUGUACGGCAUACAGUAGCUUUCGCCUAUCCGGUCAUGUUAGAUCAGUGAUGACCUCAAGGAGGGGUGGAAGGAAGGUUGCAGUUUAAGUGUAUUGAAAUCCGGCCCCCUAGUCUGGUCCUGUGUCACUGUCAUGGCUGCCUGUCACCUAAGUGGUCAAGCAAUAUCUGCUGUUUGUUGUUCACGACUGAACCACAAAACACAACAUCUCUUUCACUGGUCAGCAUCUUCUGUACCGUGCUUUAUUAUUGGCUGAUCAAGUUGUUCUCCUGUACGGCCAGUCAGAUUAUGAACAGUCUCUAUGUAGGUACAGGUGAUAGGUCUGUCCAUCAGUUUAAUAGGAGCGCAACCUGGUUUAGCCCAGGUGGGUGGAAUAUUUUUGCUUUGGAAGAUGCCAUUAGAUAAAAGGCAAAAUUCCAUCCUCCUCGAUCAAUCCGUGUGUCAAAAUAAUCACACUCUGGAGAACGCCGCUGGCUAUAAUGAACAGCAGGCAGCCAAUCAGAGCACACUGUUAGACAUCUCAUACCAACUAACAAUUGAAGCUUCUGUCUGAUUUUGUAAUUUAUGAAUGACUCUGCUUCUUACAUCGCCAAACGUAACCAUGGAUUAUUGACUAGGAACAACACAAGGAUCAUUACUUAUUUGUUUGCAUGCUCGGGCAUAAGUAUUUGUGGGACCUUUGAGAAUUAACUAUAAAUGGUUAUUUUUAUGGCAAAUAUAGUAAAUACUGUAUCAGUUUUAACCUGUUUGUACAUUAUUGUUUCAAUUCAGUUGUGUUUUUAAUAGGACAUGCUUGUGUAUGAUACUAACUAAAGACUAUGUUGAAAAUAACUUAA